AUGAAGUUUCCCGAUUAUCACAUGAAGUAUGCUGGCUGUUCCAGUUGUGAGGAUUCGCCAGAGCCGUUGACCGAUCACAUCUCACCGAAACUAAAUGUAUGUCCCGCUGCUGCGGAUGUGGGCAGUAACGCAGUAUCUGUGUCCGAAGUUCAGCUGUUCAAUGACAAUGAAAGAAAGUGCUUGGAGCUGAGUGUGGACAAUGAAGACGAGUUGCCGCCUACGCUUGAAGCUGACGGUGCUGCAAAGACUACCACCGACCAAAACGAAUGCAUUUUGGGCGGCGCUGUAGGCCCUUUUAUUACUUUUUGCUUUGUUCUGGAGGUCGUAGCCCGGAAAAAGUUUUCAACAACAACAACGAAACUGCAGGACACAUCAGUGAAAGAAUGGGAGAAAUCCGAAAAAGCUUGUGGAUCGUCUGCGAUCAAUUGCCAAAAUGAGAUGCCGCUGCUUCGCGUAAAUGUGGGUGGGAAUGAGAGUACAUAUGAAGGCGAGGAUGAAGAUGCGCCACCAAGGCUGUCGCCCAACUUUGCUUUGGUUUGUAUUUCAACUUUUUAA